UAGAAGCAGGCUCAGAUUAAAUAGCAGAGCUCGGCUCCGCGCACCUCCUAGAGGCGAUCUCGCGCCCCACGAAACACACUUUCAUUUCUGAUGGCUCUGGCGGCUGUCACCCCGCGGCAACCUGGACAGCGAACGCUGCCCGACCGCACCUGGCAGCGGAGACAGAGGACACCGGCCGCCUCGCGCUCCCGGGGAGGGUGCACCCAGGGCCCCAGGCCUCGGCUCCGGGGCCCCUGGGCUCUCAUCUUCGUCGUCUUGGGUGUCUUGCUGUUGGUCAAACCUGCUUCAGCCAUGUCUAUAAGGAAGGAUGAAGUUCCCCAGCAGUUAUCAGCCCCACUGGAAUGGAUCCGCCAACAGAACUUAUGUCCACCAGGAUUCUAUAUGGAAGAAGUCAGUGGAGGUUGUGCCCCUUGCACCGAUGGGACAGACUACACCAAUCAUUCAAACACCCUCCCUUCUUGCUUACCUUGCACGACUUGCAAAUCAGAAGAAGAAGAAAAAAACCGCUGCACCUCCAGCAAGGACACUGAGUGUCAGUGCAAACCCGGCACUUUCCGUGGAGAAGAUGCACCUGAAUUCUGUCAAAAAUGCAGCGCCGGGUGCCCUGAUGGGAAGGUCAUGGUCAUGAACUGUACGCCCUGGAGCAAUGUCAAGUGUGUGGACCAAGAAUCAGGCACUUCACCGCUGGUGACUAACAUUUUCACUGGACUUGGAAUCACAGUUGUAAUCACCUUUGUCCUAAUAGGAUGUGUUGUAUGUUGCUUCUCUAAAGGUUGCUUUGGUGAGUGCUGCCACAAGGAUCUGGGGCUCUGGACCAUGCCCACAACAACAGGCUGACCAGUGGAGAUUCACUUUCCAUUCUGGUCCCUUGGCAGGAAAAGAAGCUGACAGAAGACAAUGCCCAGUCCCAAGAUGAAGCAAGCAGAGAGUCUGGUGAAACCAGCAGCAUCUGAAGGAUCUCAGGGGAGAAGAUGGCUGCUGGUUCCAACAGACGCCACAGAAAGCCUGAAGCUGUUCUUCAGUGACUCUGCAGCUAUCUCUCCCUUGUGACUUCUGUGAUUUGCUCCUGAGGCAGAUGGGCCUCACAUGAAAUGAGGUCCUUUGGCCAGAGAAUAGGCCUGGGGUUCUCCGGAUGCCGCGUGUGAAAUGCUGCCAGUCACCAAGAAGGGACAGGAGACCUCAGUCAACACCGUGCUGCAUGCUUGGAAAUGCUGGGGCAAAGACUGACAAAAGAGACAAUUCAAGAGCGCCUGCUGAACUCAGGAAAGUAUUAACAUGUUUAUGAAGAAAGUGAGACAGGCUGUGCUGUGCCCUAAGCGUUUGAGGACCUCAAUCUUUCCCUUCAGGACACACUCCUAAUUGACUUCUACUUUUUAUUUGUAUUUGUUUGAAAUUUGUUAUUCAUGUUAGUAUGUAUGCAUUUAAUGACGUUAACUUAUAAUGAUAGCGUUAGUCAGUGAGUCAUGUCCAACUCUUUGCGACCCCAUGGACUGUAGCCCACCAGGCUCCUCUGUCCAUGGGGUUUCUCCAGGCAAGAAUACUGGAGUGGGUUGCCAUUUCCUGCUCCAGGGGAUCUUCCCUACCCAGGGAUGGAACCUGGGUCUUCUGCACUGCAGGCAGACUUUUUACCAACUGAGCCACCAGGGAAGCCCCAUAACUUGUAAUAUACAUCAUUAAAGUGCAAACAUCUUGUAUGUCUUUGUACUUUUAUGUUUGUGCACAUAGUUAUAUGUGUUGAAACAACGUUUUGGAAAUAUAAUUUCUAGGCUGUUUAUGUGGGCUACCUGGUUGAGCACUGGCAAUCCAAAGCAAUUAGAAAUACAAAAGGAGGGCAUUCCCUGGCUGUUCAGUGGGUAGGACUCUGCGCUGAGAGCCCUGAGUUCAAUCCCUGGUCAGGAAGUAAGAUCCCAUAAGCCACGAGGCAAAAACAAACAAACAAACAAAAACCUACAAAACAGCAGCAACAACAAAGGAGAGCAA